GGAUUAGCAUUCCUUGGUGUACAUAUAUUUCCUGUUGUUGGAGGGAUAGCUAGUUUUUAUACUCAAUAUUUUCAUUGUAGAGACCAUACUGUGUCAUGUUUUGCAAAUCAAAAGUUUUAUAUAAUAGGUUCAUCUUUUUUAAUUGCGAUUUCAAUUUUAUUUCAAUUACUAUAUACAUUAUAUGUGUACUUAAUAUGGAAAAAAGGAAUAUGGCCUCUAGUAUAUGAAUUCAAAUAUUCUAGGCAUGAUGAGAUUAAAGAAAUGCAUGCAAUAUAUGAGGUCCAAUUUCCAUUGUUUCAUGCUCAGAUAAUGAUGAUAGGGCUAUUGUUAGUUGCUUAUUUAGUAGGAAUAGCACUAACAAAAAGACAAAUUAGACUUCGAGACCUAUUUAUAAAUUUUCAAGUGCCGUUAAACAUAAUAUUCCUUUAUUAUUCAUAUUUUAUACUCAAAGGUGUGAGGGAUGAAAAACAUUAUUUAAUGUUUAUCGUAUAUAUAGGAAAUUUUAUUCAAGCCUUAUUAUUAUAUUUUGAUAUGGCUAGUUUCUGUGAACGAUAUAAUAAAUUACAAUGCUUUCAGUAUAAUAUGCCUAUGUGUGCAUUUUUAUUAUAUGCAUGUCUAUGUUGGAUCGUUUUGGCAUUAUCAACAUGGAACACUAUUAG